GUGCUUGUUUCUUUGUAGAAGAAAAGAGACCUUGAUUUUGGAGUCUGAAGACCAGGUUUCAAGACCACCUGUGCUACUUGCUGUUGUGAGAUCUUAGGCAGGUACCUCUUAUCUCUCAGCCUUAACACACUUUCCUGUGAAAUGGGCACUGUGGCCAUCCCUUCUCUGAGUCACUGAGAGUGAGGAUACAAUGUCCCAGUGGUUGUUGUGAAACAGUUCUGGCCUUGACAUCAUCUAUAAGGACACCCAUUGGUGGGUUCUACCAGGCCUUGUUACUCCCAGGGCCUGAGAGGUGAGCAUACUAGUGCAUACUCGUCCACGUGAGGCACUGAGGACACAGCCAGCAUGAACUGGGGGUUUCUACAGGGAAUCUUGAGCGGCGUGAACAAGUACUCCACUGCACUGGGCCGCAUCUGGCUGUCUGUGGUCUUUAUCUUCCGAGUGCUGGUAUAUGUGGUGGCAGCCGAGGAGGUGUGGGACGAUGAACAGAAGGACUUCAUCUGUAACACUAAGCAGCCAGGCUGCCCCAACGUCUGCUAUGAUGAGUUCUUCCCCGUGUCCCAUGUGCGCCUCUGGGCCCUGCAGCUCAUUCUGGUCACCUGUCCUUCACUGCUUGUAGUCAUGCAUGUGGCCUACCGUGAAGAACGAGAACGCAAACACCGCCGCAAACAUGGGCCCAACGCCCCAGCCCUGUACAGCAACCUGAGCAAGAAGAGGGGUGGCCUGUGGUGGACAUACCUGCUAAGUCUCAUCUUCAAGGCUGCCGUGGACUCAGGAUUUCUCUAUAUCUUCCACCACAUCUAUAAGGACUAUGACAUGCCACGAGUGGUAGCUUGCUCUGUGGAUCCCUGCCCCCACACCGUGAACUGUUACAUCUCCCGACCCACGGAGAAGAAGGUCUUCACCUACUUCAUGGUAGUCACAGCAGCCAUCUGUAUCCUACUCAACCUCAGUGAGGUCGCCUACCUGGUGGGCAAGAGAUGCAUGGAAGUCUUCCGUCCCCGGCGACGAAAAACUCGGAAGCAACAGCUACCAGAUACAUGCCCGCCAUAUGUGAUCUCCCAAGGAGGCCACCCCCAAGAUGAAAACGCUGUCCUAACAAAAGUCGGGAUAGCCACGGUGGAUGCAGGCCGGAGCUCCAAGCAUCAUCAACAUCGCUCUCGUCUCACGUGGGACUUGCCAACUGAUGCCCAUCAUCCCCCUAGAAUGGCAGACCCUCGCAAGGCAGGAACAGCGCUCACCCCACACCGCACAUACAGUAAGAGGAUAAUAAAUUCUCCCUGAGGUGAUUACCACAAAGAAUUGCUGCCCCACCAAUAUACACACUGUUCUUCU